GCCUGCGCCAAUUCACCCCACAGCCAUGGACGACCUAUACGACGAGUUCGGCAACUUCAUCGGCGAAGCCGAGUCCGACGACGAUGUGCAGUCCACCGGCGCCGCGGCAGACGCCUACGUGCUCGACGACGAGGCCGAGGAAGACGAGGCGCACGACCAGCAGCUGAUGGAGGUGGACGAGGGGCCGUCCAAUGCCGUCAUACUGCACGAAGACAAGCAGUACUACCCCUCCGCAUCCGACGUGUACGGCGCCGAUGUCGAGGUCUUGGUGCACGAGGAGGAUACCCAGGCGCUGUCGCAGCCCAUCGUUGCGCCUGUGGUGCAGAAGAAGUUCGCCGUGCAAGAGGAGGACCUGCCGCCGGUGCACUACUCGCGCGAGCUCAUGACGGACCUGAUGAACUACCCGGACCAGAUACGGAACAUCGCCAUUGCGGGACACCUGCACCACGGAAAGACGGCCUUCAUGGACAUGCUGGUCAUGGAGACACACGACAUCCAGGAUCGCCUGGAUUCGAAGAGGGGAAAGAAGCGCGAGGAACAGCUGCGAUACACGGACGUGCACGUGGUCGAGCGCGAGCGCGGACUCUCCAUCAAGGCCGCGCCCAUGACGCUGGUCCUCCAAAACACGUCGAUGAAGUCGCAUCUUUUCAACAUCAUAGACACCCCGGGACACGUCAACUUUGUAGACGAGGUGGCCGCCUCGUUGCGAUUAGUGGACGGUGUGGUGCUGGUGGUAGACGUAGUGGAAGGCGUGCAGGUGACAACCGAGCUGGCCAUCAAGCAUGCUGUUCUGGAAGAUCUGCCCCUCACCCUGGUCGUCAACAAGAUGGAUCGCCUCAUCUUGGAGUUGAAACUCCCGCCCCGUGACGCAUACUUCAAGAUCAAGCACGUUAUCGAGGAAGUCAACACGGUCAUUGAGAACACCAUCCCCGGCCGAGGCGAGCGCCGACGUGUAAGCCCUGAAAGAGGCAACGUCGCUUUCGCUUGCUCAAGCAUGCGCUGGUGCUUCACGCUGCAGUCGUUUGCCAAGAUGUACGCCGAGUUCUACCCUGGACCCGCGAAAGCGCCUGGAUUCGGCAAGCCUAUGAAGAACCUCGACGUGGAGAAAUUCGCAGUGCGCCUCUGGGGAGAUAUCUUCUACAACCCUGGAAGCCGCAAGUUCAGCCGCAAGGCGCAAGAGGAGGACUCGAAACGCUCGUUCGUGCACUGGAUAUUAGAACCCAUCUACAAGCUCUACGCACAUACCCUCAGCGAGAGCGCGGAGGAUCUGAAGGACACGCUGGACCAGCUGGGCAUUCGGUUGAAGCCAUCGGAAUACAAGACGGACGCAAAGGAGCUGAUGCGGCUGGUGUGCCAACAGUACUUCGGACCUUCGACUGGCUUCGUCGACAUGAUCACACAGCACGUGCCAUCACCAGCAGAGGGCGCCAAGAGGAUGCUCGAGAGACAUUACACAGGACCCUUGGAUUCCAAAACAGCAGAAGCUAUGGCAAAGUGCGACCAGAACGGCCCGCUAGUCGUUCACGUCUCCAAGCUGUACAACAGCACAGAUGCAAAGGCGUUCCACGCUCUAGGACGAGUCAUGAGCGGCACAGCUACAACGGCCACCUCCGUGCGAGUACUCGGAGAGGGUUAUACCAUCGAAGAUGAGGAAGACAUGGUGGUCGCGACCAUCACAGACACUUGGAUCGCCGAGUCAAGAUACAACGUUCCGACGAGCGGUGUGCCUGCGGGUAACUGGGUGCUCCUAGGAGGUGUCGACAACUCGAUAGUUAAGACCGCCACCCUUGUCUCGCAAAAACUGCCAGAUGACGAGGACGCCUACAUCUUCCGCCCGAUCCGCCACUUCUUCGAAUCCGUCUUCAAGGUCGCUGUCGAACCCAUCAACCCCUCCGAACUUCCCAAGAUGCUUGACGGUCUCCGCAAGAUCAACAAAUCCUACCCUCUCAUCACCACCAAGGUUGAAGAAUCUGGCGAGCACGUCAUCCUCGGUACUGGCGAAUUGUACAUGGACUGCGUGCUUCACGACUUGCGAAGGUUAUACGCGGACAUGGAGAUCAAGGUUUCCGACCCAGUGACCCGUUUCUGCGAGACCGUGGUCGAGAUGUCCGCCAUCAAAUGCUAUGCCCUCACCCCCAACAAGAAGAACAAGAUCACUAUGGUUGCAGAGCAGCUCGACCCCGGUAUUGCAGAAGACAUCGAAGCCGGAAAAGUCUCCAUCAAAGACCCUGUCCGCGUCGUCGGCAAGUUCUUCGAAGAAAACUACGGCUACGACCUGCUCGCGUCCCGCAACAUCUGGGCCUUCGGCCCGGACGACAUGGGCGCCAACAUCCUCCAAAACGACACCCUCCCCUCGGAGGUCGACACCAAGACCCUCCGCUCCGUCCGCGACACCAUCCGCCAGGGCUUCAGCUGGGCUACCCGUGAAGGCCCCCUCUGCGAAGAGCCCAUCCGUAACACAAAGUUCCGCAUCACAGACGUCGAUCUCGCGCCCGAGGCCAUCUUCCGCGGCGGCGGUCAGAUCAUCCCGACUGCUCGUCGCGCGUGCUACUCUUCCUUCCUCAUGGCGAGCCCGCGCCUCAUGGAGCCUGUGUACAGCUGCAGCGUGGUCGGUCCUGCAAACACAAAGGCCGACGUGUACAAUGUCCUCUCACGGCGGAGAGGCCAUGUGCUGCAGGACGGCCCUAUCGCGGGGACGCCGCUGUACAGUGUCCGCGGCCUGAUUCCCGUCAUCGACUCUUUCGGCUUCGAGACGGAUCUGCGCAUCCAUACACAAGGCCAAGUCUCCCUCUCCCUCGUCUUCGACCGCUGGUCCAUCGUCCCCGGCGACCCGCUCGACAAAGACGCACAGCUGCGACCACUCGAGCCAGCAUCCGCGCAGGCGACGGCACGAGACUUUGUGCUCAAGACACGCCGGCGCAAGGGCCUCGCGGAGGAUGUGACGAUCAGCAAGUUCCUUGAGCCAGAGCUGUUUAGGCAGUUGAGGGAGAGUGGGGUGUUGGAGGGUGGCCAAUAGAAGAUCGGAUGGAUGGAUGAGGGAGGCGAGUUGGGAAGGGGGGGAUAUGGGCGUUAUGGCGUCGAGAAUAUGCAUGGUUCGAUGAAGGGAGGGCAAAAGUACGAUAGGAUACGAUGCUAUAGUGUGGCGUGAG